AUGACAGGCUCUGCGCCUCCUCUCGUUGCAUCAUCCCAUGCAGCGAGCGAAAGCUGCGGAUGGCCAGAUGAGGCAAGUGAGGCGAGCACGCGGCGCACUGCAGCGAAAGCAGCGUGGCCUCGAAGUUACCCUUUUGUACAACUAGAAAGGAAACACCCGUUAGCAUUCACUUCUGUGGCUGCUGCGUCAGCAAAGUGCCACCUGCAGCUUCUGCAAGACCCGCUGUGGUUCGCAAGCCUCGCCGCUGCGCGUGCAGUUCAUCGCAGCGGCGGCGGACGGGCAGUUUGCGGUGAAGAAGUGCACUUGUCCGCUGCAGCAAAGGAAGGCGCUGCAGUUGCUGCGGAAAUUGCCACUGCAGCAGCAGCGCUGGGGCAGGGAGAUCCGGUCCUGCGGCUGCAAGCUGCUGCGCUUCUUGGUGAGGCAGCAGCGCAGCUGCAGUCAAUCGGUGAAAAGCUUUCUUCCUCAGACUCCGAACAGCCAGCCACAGCCCGCAGCGGACCACUGAGGCCUUCGGAAGACGCGCAGUGCAGUGCUGCAGCAGCGGAACGUGCUGCUAGUGCUCUGCAACUGUGGCACUUUCGGCUGAUGGCUUUGCCUUUCAGCCUCAGUAUAGUGACUCUAGGGGCCCGAGGAGCAGCUCCGUGGAGGCCGCGGCCGUGCAGUGGGCUGUCUGGAGUUGCUGCGACUCCGUUGAUGCAGCCUCCUUUUGGUGCGGAUGAAUUGCUGUUGCUGCAGCAGCACAUCCAGCUUGCCAUUUCAUUUAUAAAUACUUUAGCCAUUCGAAUUCCCCACAAGCUCGAGCACCUUCAACUCCGCUGCAUGCAUACACUGCAGCAGGCGCAGCAACUGCUGCUGCAGCUGGACCUCUCGGCAGCAAUGCCUGCGCCAGAAACAGCUUCGGAAGCCGCGGAAGAACCUGUUGGAGCUGCACUAUGCCCUGACGCCAGUAUUGCUGACGUUUUGCCGCACACGAGUUCCUUGUUGCUGGGCACGCAGGACAGAGGAGUUGCUUUGCCGGUAGUGCCCGCUAGAGCCACUCCAGCAGCAAUGAGUAAGAUGCUCGUGGCAUUUCUCCGUUGGAAACACCCGAUCUGCGACUGGUUUUUGAAAUGUUAUUUGCAGAAUAAUCAUGAAUUCACCAUUUCGGUAAUAUGCUGCAGAGUUGGUGGUGUUGCUUUGCUUGCGUUUGCUGUGAGCUUAGUCAGGGCUUUCGGCGUCACUCCAGGUUUGCAGCGUCGGCAAAAAGAAGAGAAACAUUCCUGGCUUAAUCCCUCGGUCCAGCCGUUGGUUCCUCGCUUGUGGACUUUUACACUUCUAGGCAAGCAAAAAAACAUGCGGGAAACUGCUCUUUCUCGCGGGUUUUUCCUCCCAACCGUCAGUCCAUGUUGGAGAGGCGAAUUUGUAGGCUGUCCUACUGGUGUUAGGGGAGGCUCAGCACCUGAAGGCAGCUUUCUUUUGAAACAUGCAGCGAAGCUGCAUGCAUUCCUUACUUCCAGCCUGCGGCCUGAAUUGGCGUUGCGCUGA